UGUAAGAACCGUAUCCAAACACAGUAGAACUCCCCUUCUUAUUCCCUCCUUGAGUUAGGAAAACAAAAAGAGAAGAAAUGAACACUUCUUCUUCUUCAUACUGCUUUACCAUGUGGGGCUUAUCCUAUGCUACCCGUCCUUAUCCUGCACCAACUCUGAAAACCUCAGUAUCCAUGUUCACUGCUCCUCGUUCAAGCUCUCAACUCUCAGUCCCUCAAAUUACUCACCAUUAUCAUCUUAAUCACAGCCCUUUUGUUCCAGAGGUUAUUGAAGCUGCGGACUCCUUAUAUUCAGAGUUCAGAGCAGUGGAUGAUUUGGUUGCUUGCAAUACCAGCCGUGUUCUUAAAGCUUUCAAAAAUGCCCGAGUUGGGUCCCAUCACUUUGCCGGAUGUACUGGCUAUGGUCAUGAUGAAGCUGGGGGACGUGAAGCACUUGACCAAGUAUUUGCUGAAAUCGUUGGGGCUGAAUCUGCCAUAGUUCGCUCUCAGGUCUGCCAUUUAUUUCUUUGCUUGUGUUUAUUUAGAUGGGUAUUUCGUACAUUCAAUUGCUCAUCAUCCGUGUGCCAGUUUUUCUCAGGAACACAUGCUAUAACUUGUGCAUUGUUUGCUAUUUUAAGGCCGGGGGAUGAGCUUUUGGCAGUUGCAGGUGCUCCUUAUGAUACCUUAGAGGAAGUUAUUGGAAAAAGAGACUCCCAUGGGAUGGGGUCCCUGAAAGAUUUUGGAGUAACAUACCGAGAAGUUCCUCUAGCUGAGGAUGGUGGACUUGAUUGGGAUAAACUUAGCAGGGCUUUGAAACCUGAGACUAAAUGUGCACUCAUACAAAGAUCUCGUGGUUAUUCUUGGAGACGGAGUUUAAGUGUGAGUGAGAUAGGUAGAGCAAUAAAGAUAAUCAAGAUGCAGAACCCUAAUUGCUUGGUCAUGGUGGACAAUUGUUACGGUGAAUUUGUUGAAAAUAUUGAGCCUCCAUAUGUGGGUGCAGAUUUAAUUGCUGGAAGUUUAAUUAAAAAUCCAGGUGGAACCAUAGCACCAUGUGGUGGAUAUGUUGCAGGGAAGGAGAUAUUGGUUAAAGCAGCAGCAUCUCGUUUGUCUGCACCAGGGCUCGGAGUAGAUUGUGGCUCAACUCCUGGUGAUAUUAUGCGGUCUUUUUUCCAGGGAUUGUUUCUUUCACCUCAGAUGGUUGGAGAAGCAAUCAAGGGAACCCUGCUUAUAGCUGAAGUAAUGGCAUCAAAAGGGUAUAAAGUAGAGCCUCUUCCUCGUGUUACUCGUCAUGAUACUGUACAGGCCGUACAACUCAGAAGCCGUGAGCGUCUCCUUUCUUUUUGUGAGGCUGUACAAAGAAUCUCCCCAGUAGGUUCAUUCACUAAACCAGUGGCUGGUACAACUCCUGGAUAUGCCUCCGAGGUCAUUUUUGCUGAUGGAACUUUCAUUGAUGGUAGUACAAGUGAGCUUUCAUGUGACGGACCAUUAAGAGAACCCUAUGCUGUAUAUUGCCAGGGUGGCACCCAUUGGACUCAGUGGGGACUAGUCCUUGAAGAGGUUUUAAAAUCCAUAUGAAAGAAAUCUGAUAAAUGACAAUGAGGAUAAUGAUGUUGCUUCGGUUAAGACAUUGCUGAUGACAAAUGUGUACUUCUACCAUAAUACAGGUAAAGCCAUAUUGUGUGCAGUUAAAUUAUCUUAUUCUAUGUUGUGACAUGUAGAUUUCUUAUUUCGUCUGAAAUUAAAUUAAUGUGAUGUAUCCUUAGAUUUAAUUAUUAUCGAUCCACAUUGGUACAUUGGUAAUACAUUGAGUUUCUCCAUUGCUGUUUGUAUUAUUUUGCAUGGAAUGUUGACUGUUUAUAUUGUUAAAUCAAGCCAGCAAGGCUCUGCUGUUCUUGCAGCCCGAGACAGGUUUGUGGUUUUACUGUUGAGAAGGAAGUUGAAGCUUGUAAAAUAACAUACUGAAGCCAAGCUUACAAUGAAGACGAAGACAUUCAUAUAUUCAUUUGUGGGUUCAUGUGACUUUUUGUAUUGAAAUAAAACAGCGUGGAUUGACUUCGACAAUACAAAUCUUAUAAUCAAUUUUUUUUUUUCAAAUUUUUUUAAGGUUUACGACAGUAACACUUAUUCUUCUUUUUCA